AUUGUUAAUUAUGGUUUAGCUGUUCACUGACAUCAUUUGUAAUAAACAAUACUCAUUGUGGCAUGUUUUUGUUCUCUAAUUCCUCUCCUGCUUUUUCAGAAUUCUAAUAAUUGUUACUCCAGCUUGUUCUACUGUAUGCAACUAUAUUUUAGAGUACUAUUUGAAGCUUUUACCUGUUGUAAUUAUUCCUCCUAAUGACAAAUGUUUUCCCCUUUUCUCUUUUUGCUUUACCCCUUCUCUCUCUCUCUCUCUCUCUCUCUCUCUCUCUGUCUGCAGGUCCAGUUUUUGCAUUUCUAGUCUCUCUUUCUGGUAAACUCUUUGUUAAAAGUUUGUAGGGUCUACCCUUUAUUCUCUUUUAUUGCUUGGAGAUACGCAUUUUGGCUACUAAACCACCUUUUACGAUGUAUAAUUUGCCCAUACAAGAAUGAGCUUCUGAGUUUUGUAUUCCUUUUUCCCCAUUCUUUUCAAUUUUCUCAUUGAAAAGCUUGGUACCAAAGUAUUCUCUUUUAUCUUUGAAUAAAGGGAAUCUGAUUGUCAUAUUCUGGGGGUUUGGUUUUUACACAGAUUGUGUUCAAGAAAACAAAAAAGGCUGCAAUUUUUAUUGCCGAAAUCACAUUUUUCUGUAGGUUUUUGGCUUUGACCGAGGAAUCUGAUUAUUGUUAUCUGGAUUUUGCUGAAGUUUUUGCACAGCCAAAAAAGGGUUGUGUUCUUUGGGGCUGAAAUUCUAUUUUCCUCUCGCGCAAAAUUUUCUCUGAGAUGACUCCCCCAACAUACUUCCCUCUGAGGUGGGAAAGCACUGGAGAUCAAUGGUGGUAUGCUUCACCGAUUGAUUGGGCAGCCGCCAACGGACAUUACGAUUUAGUCCGGGAACUCCUCCGCCUCGACGGCAACCACCUCAUCAAACUCACAUCUCUUCGUAGAAUCCGCCGCCUGGAAACUGUCUGGGACGACGAAGAACAGUUUCAUGAUGUUGCCAAGUGCCGCUCCGAGGUGGCAAGAAAGCUGCUUUCCGAGUGUGAAAACAAGAAAGGUAAAAACUCCCUCAUCGGGGGUGGUUAUGGGGGAUGGCUUCUGUACACCGCUGCCUCCGCUGGGGACUUGAGUUUUGUUCAAGAAUUGCUGGAGAGAGACCCUCUUUUGGUCUUUGGAGAGGGAGAGUAUGGCGUGACUGAUAUCUUGUACGCUGCCGCCAGGAGCAAGAACUCUGAGGUUUUCAGGGUGGUGCUUGAUUUUGCCGCCUCGCCGAGGUUUCCGACGGGUGGCGGGACAGGGGUGGAGGAAACAAUUGGGGAGAUCCCGUCUGCUUAUAAGUUGGAGAUAAUGAAUAGAGCUCUGCAUGCAGCUGCGAGAGGAGGUAAUCUCAAGCUGGUGAAGGACCUUCUUGGUGAUUGCUCCGAUGAUGCCUUGGCUUAUAGAGAUAUUCAGGGAGCAACAAUCUUACAUGCGGCGGCAGCCCGGGGUCAGGUCGAGGUAGUCAAAGAUCUUGUAUCGUCUGCUGAGAUUAUCAACUCCAGCGACAAUCAAGGCAAUACAGCGUUGCAUGUGGCUGCCCACAGGGGGCAUUUAGCUGUUGUCAAAGCUUUAAUUCUUGCAUCGCCUUCUUCAAUCAAUGCCAGAAAUAAUGCAGGAGAGACAUUCCUGCAUUCUGUUGUUACUGGUUUUCAGACUCCUGGUUUCCGGAGAUUGGACCGCCAAAUCGAUCUCUUGAAGCAUUUGCUAUGCGGGAAGCUCUUCAAUGUUGAAGAAAUCAUCAAUGCCAAGAAUAAUGAUGGCAGAACAGCUCUUCAUUUGGCUAUCAUGGGAAAUAUUCAUUCUGAUCUUGUUGACCUACUUAUGACCGUUGGUUGCAUCAAUGUGAACAUCCGUGAUGUGGAUGGCAUGACUCCUCUCGAUAUUCUCAGGCAACGGCCACAUUCUGCUUCAUCAGAGCUACUAACCAGACAACUGAUAUCUGCCGGUGGGAUUUUCAGUUCUCAGGACUAUUCAGCAAGAAAAGUUAUUGCAUCCCACAUAAAGAGGCAGAGUAUAGGAAGCAGUCCAGGAACGUCCUUCAGAAUAAGCGAUGUUGAAAUAUUCUUGUACACGGGCUUGGAGAAUGCAUCAGAUGGCAGUCGUAGCUUAGGCCCGAGCACUACUUAUUCACCUGAUUUGAGUCACCACGGCUCAAAUGUGGAGAGCCAUAGUCCCAGAAAAAGUACUAAGCUCGGUUCAGUAAAUUACGCAGCACAACGGCUGAAACGGCUCCUCCACUGGCCCAAGAUGAAAACCCGAGCUUCAGAUAGGCUCAAGAAACUGGAAGACCGGACCUCUGCAAGCGCUUCGGAAGGUGUUCCAGUCCCCCUACGUCAGAGAUUUUCAAAGCCCUCGUCUCUUCCUAACAACAAACGAGCACUUUCUGUGAGGAGCAACCUACCAAGUCCAACUGCAAAAAAGAAACUAGCUUCAGGGGUGAUGCACGGUGUUAUGCAGGCAGUCCCAAAUUUUACAGUUCCUCAUCGAUCACGUUCUAGUUCCUUCUCUAAAUUGUCAUUGUCUUCACAAAGUUCCGUGGAUACACCAAAAGGAGGUCAGAUUGAGAAUGACACUGCAAAGCCUUCCUGCUCGUAUACCAUAAACGAUGAUGGUGCAAGAAAUUCCCUCCACAGGCCUAGUUUGGUGAACAAGAUGUUAGUGCACCAGUACCUCUGCUUCGGUGGUUCAAGCCAACAUCUAGAGGCUCCUACCGGCGACCCACAACCGUACGAUAUUUACGAACGUUCUGUUCUAUCAGCGGCAUGAGUAAGGGGUCCACGAGGUAGAGGUGUUAAAAUAGUUUUUGUACAAAGUUUGGAUCCAUGACCUCCACUAGGUGCCUAUCAUAUCUGUUGCUUACAUUUUCCUUUGAUGACAUUUUGCGCAAUAUAUGCUGCCCUGCAGUAGAAUCGUUUUCUUGAUAUAAUGCUGGGCUAUCAAACGGUUUGGCAUCUCAUACCAUCACGCACUGGAGGAACAAACUAUUAAAGACU